AUGACGGCGCCGGAAGCGGAGGUUGACAGUCAGAAGGAGUCGGAUCAGGUGCAGGAGGAAUCGUCAAAGUCGUCUUGGGAUAACGUGGUCAAGAAGAUCCCGAGUUUGUCAAAGGUGAUUGUGCCGGAUGAUGUGAUCGGAGAUGAUCCGUUAUGGGAAAAUCUGCUUGGGGGAAGGUUCUUAGCAACAGCUCCGCAUAUUGCUAAAGAUCAUGUCAUGGUAAACAAAAUUUGGCCUUUAGGAGACAAAACAAUCAAAGUCGACGUGUUUGAGGUAAAUUCAAACACGAUGAGAUUCAGAAUUCGGGAUGCAAGAGUUCGAAACAGAGUUUUUAGGAGAGGAACUUGGAAUAUUGCUGAUAUACCGAUGGUUAUAUCGAAGUGUUCACCCAUCAAGGAGCCUCCACCAGAAAUCAGUACAAUUCCCAUCUGGGUAAUUUUAAAGAACGUUCCAUACUUGAUGUUUUCAUGGAAAGGGCUGGGAUUUCUUUCUAUUGCAGUCAGAGUUCCCAAGCGCUUACACCCUAACACAGAGCUCUGCAAAAAAUAUGAAGAGGCAAAGGUUUUCGUGGAGGCUGAUCUGUCAAAACCUUUACCAACAAGUCACUGUUUCGAGAUUCAGAGUGAAGAUGUCGAGAAUGAAUACAUGUAUCCUUGGAUACCAUCUCGGUGUUCAAAAUGUAGCAAGUGGGGCCACCUGGAGGAUGUUUGCUUGCCAAAAUCAGGGAAUGUUAGGAUUCUAAAGCGAGGAACAAGAGAGAACUUGGUAUCCACAGAGGUGGCUGAGGUAGAAAAGGUUCCAGAAUCUCAGCUGACUCCGGCCAAAUCAGGGCAGAAAUCGAGAAAUGUUGAAGAUGAGGGGAAUGAGGAGUUAGAGAGCAAUAAGGGUAAAGAGCAUGAGGAAGAUAUGUUGGUAGCUGCAGCUCUCCGUAAUCCAGCAGAAACAAUUCCCCAAACGAAUGUGUCUGCUGAGAUGGAGGAGGGAGAGCUUCAAGCUGAGGACCAAACAGAUAAAAUGCGAGAAAAAAGGAUGAGAUUGGCAAUCGAUGAUCGACGAGAGUUAUGGGGGGCCUUAAGAGCUCACCAGGAUUCUCCGAUGAUCAGAAACAAGCCAUGGAUUCUGCUUGGAGAUUAUAAUGAAAUUUUUGAUGGAGAGGAACACUCAGAGUUUGCUAAUUCGCCAACUAUCUCUGCUGGAAUGAGAGAUUUUCAGGAGAUGGUGACAAACUUCUGGAGUAACACACCUACCCUGUUCAACUCAACGUCAGCGUUGUUUCAGUUCUCCAAGAAAUUAAAGAACCUGAAACCAAUUCUAAAAGAGAUGCGGAAGAGCAGUGUGGGGGAUCUUACUAAGAAAACGAAGGAGGCGUAUUCAGCUCUUUGUGAGAAGCAACAGACAGUAGCAAAGUUAGAGGAGAACUUUCUAAAACAAAGAUCCAAAUUACAUUGGCUUAACACUGGGGAUGGGAACAACAAAGUCUUUCACCUAGCGGCACAAACCAGAGAGAUUCGAAAUUCAAUAAGGGAUAUUCAUUUUCCUAAUGGAGUGAUCGCUAAGAGUAGCACAGAUAUUAAAGCAGAGGCUGAAAGUUUCUUUCGACAGUUCCUCCAAGCAGUCCUGACUGAGUUUGAGGGUGCAUCCGAAGAUAGACUUGCUGAGCUGUUGCAGUUUCAGGUUUCGGAUACAGACUGUUCGCUUCUCACUCGGGCAGUGACAGAUGAUGAAGUCAGGGAUGUAUUAUUUAAGAUGCCAGCAAAUAAAUCACCAGGUCCCGAUGGAUUUACAUCCGAGCUCUUUAAAGCUGCUUGGCCGGUGGUGGGUAAGGAUUUCACUGUUGCAGUUCAGUCAUUUUUCACUAAAAGUUUUCUUCCAAAGGGCAUCAACACCAUGAUAUUGGCUCCUAUACCAAAGAAGGAGGAUGCUAAAGAAAUGAAAUAUUAUCAUCCAUGUAUUCUCCUGAAGUUCAUCGCUCCGAAUCAAUCUGCUUUUAUCAAAGAUCGGCUGCUAGUUGAAAAUCUUUUGCUUGCCACUGAGUUGGUGAAGGAUUAUCACAAAGCAGACAUUUUUCCGAGGAGUGCGGUAAAGAUCGAUAUAUCAAAGGCAUUUGAUACACUACAGUGGCCGUUUCUGCUGAAUACACUGGCUGCUCUAAAUUUCCCGGCAAUAUUCAUUCACUGGAUCAAGUUGUGUGUGACGAGGGCGUCUUUCUCGGUACAGGUGAACGGGGAACUCGCAUGGUUCUUAAAAAGUUAG